UUAGGACCCAGAUGACCUUCAACCCGUUGCCUCACUUCCGACUACGUAGCUGUCGCUAAUUGGCCGAGGGGACUAUAUAAAUGAACGUCACUUCCCGCGGCCUCCCUCUUUCUCUCUUUGAGCCUAACGUGGUCUCCAUACGGCGUUGUCACCGGGUUCCCUGCCGUUACUUUAAAAGGGGAACUUUCACAAUGUCCGGAGGUCUCGAUGUCCUGCAGAUGAAGGAGGAGGAUGUCCUCAAAUUCCUCGCUGCAGGAACCCACUUGGGAGGCACCAAUCUAGACUUUCAGAUGGAACAGUACAUCUACAAAAGGAAAAGUGAUGGUAUUUACAUAAUCAAUCUGAAGAGGACUUGGGAGAAGCUCCUAUUAGCAGCCCGUGCCAUCGUUGCCAUUGAAAACCCAGCUGAUGUGAGCGUCAUCUCUUCCAGAAAUACUGGACAGCGUGCUGUUCUGAAGUUUGCUGCUGCCACCGGCUCUACACCAAUUGCUGGACGUUUCACCCCUGGUACCUUCACAAAUCAGAUCCAGGCUGCCUUCCGUGAGCCGCGCCUUUUGGUGGUUACAGAUCCCCGGGCUGAUCAUCAGCCAUUGACUGAGGCAUCUUACGUUAACAUCCCAACCAUUGCUCUGUGCAACACAGACUCCCCACUGCGCUAUGUGGAUAUUGCUAUUCCAUGCAAUAAUAAGGGGGCCCAUUCAGUGGGUCUGAUGUGGUGGAUGCUUGCCCGUGAGGUCCUGCGUAUGCGUGGCACCAUCUCCCGUGAACACCCAUGGGAGGUCAUGCCUGACCUCUACUUCUACAGAGAUCCUGAGGAGAUUGAAAAGGAGGAGCAGGCUGCAGCUGAGAAGGCAGUUACCAAGGAGGAGUUCCAGGGAGAAUGGACAGCCCCAGCACCUGAAUUCACUGCUGCUGCUGCUGCUCCUGCCCCUCAGCCUGAGGUGGCAGAUUGGUCUGAGGGGGUGCAGGUACCAUCUGUGCCAAUCCAGCCAUUCCCAACUGAAGAUUGGAGUGCCCAGCCUGCCACUGAAGACUGGUCUGCAGCUCCCACAGCACAGGCCACUGAGUGGGUUGGGACUGCCACUGAAUGGUCUUAACUUCAAUACAAGUACAAUGAAAGAGAAGUAAAUAAAAGAUCUGUUUCUUA